CUGCCUCAAAGGAAGCGCCGUGCGCACUCCGCAGACAGCCCCUUCUGCACCGCCGGGCACCUAGCACGAAUUGCCGAAAAGCCGCCAUUCUGCAGUAAGACAUGAAAAGCGACACUUUGUCCCGUCUGCUCUUGUUUUUCUUCAGCUGCCAGCUGCUGUGCGCCACAACUGUAGAGGAGGUCGCGUCUGUCACCUCUGCCGGUUCUCCUACUACUGCAGAGGCAAAGCUUUCACUGCCAGAUACUUCUAAAUCAAUUUUAACGAGAUUCUCUCUGCGACAGCCUUCAGAGCCCGAGGAAGAUGUCUGCUACAUCAUCCCAGGAAAUGCAGAUAGUCUUCACUCUUGUAAUUUUAACUUGACCUCCAAAACCUUCAUAGUGAUUCAUGGAUGGACGGUGAGUGGCAUGUUUGAAAGUUGGGUCCCAAAAUUGGUGGCCGCUCUCUAUGAGAGAGAAAGGGAUGCCAAUGUGAUUGUGGUGGACUGGCUGAACAGGGCCCACCAGCAUUACUCCGUUGCUGCUGAAAACACCAAGCUGGUGGGGUGUGACAUUGCCUGGCUUAUUGACUGGAUGGAGGAAACGGCAAACAUCCCUCUAGAGAAUGUUCAUCUGAUCGGGUACAGCCUGGGCGCACAUGUAGCUGGGUUUGCAGGAAGUCACACCACCAAUAAAGUGGGAAGAAUAACUGGUCUUGACCCUGCCGGGCCAUUGUUUGAGGGGGCACAUGCACACGGCCGCCUGUCUCCAGAUGACGCCCACUUUGUGGAUGUGCUGCACACCUUCACCCGGGGGUCUCUGGGGCUGAGCAUUGGCAUCCAACAGCCCGUGGGCCAUGUGGACAUUUAUCCCAAUGGUGGGAGUUUCCAACCAGGCUGCAACCUGAGAGGGGCACUGGAGAGCAUUUCAACUUAUGGGAUAUUCGGUUUCUCCGAGGCGGUAAAGUGCGAACACGAACGCUCCAUUCAUCUUUUUAUCGACUCCCUGCUGCACAAGCAGGAGCCCAGCCUGGCGUACCGCUGCAGCAGCAAGGAGAUGUUCGAUCAUGGCUUCUGCCUCAGCUGCCGCAAGCACCGCUGCAACACUGUGGGUUACGACGUCCAGCCUGUUCGCAACCGUCGGAGCACCAAGAUGUUCACCAGGACCCGGGCAACAAUGCCCUUCCGAGUCUACCACUACCAGCUGAAGAUCCAGUUCUCCGACACACCAGACCAUGCAGAAGUGAACCCCACGCUGACCGCCUCCCUCUAUGGCACCAAAGGAGAUACAGAAAACCUGAAAUUAAACAUCAAAGAAAAGAUCACCCCCAACAAGACGCAAUCUUUCCUCUUGGUCACGGAAGUGGACCUUGGUGAGCUGCUCAUGAUCCAGUUUCGGUGGGAGGAGUCUGCCAGCUGGUCCAGUCUGUCACUGCUCAAGAUGUUCUCCACCUGGUGGUCAGGAGAGAAGGUGCCAGACACCAGUGUACCCAUCCACAGAAUCCGCGUCAAGUCUGGAGAAGCUCAGAUGAGGAUGGUGUUCUGCUCCAAAGACUCACCUGAAUUUAUGUUAGACCAAGCACUCACCUUUGUCCGGUGCCAAGAAGGAUGGAAGAGACAGCCAAACAGACCUGCAACCAAAACACACUGAGCGUCAACUGUGAGCUGCUAUCGAGGAAGGUUUUCAUGUGAAUUGUCCUGUAAAUAUCUGUUUGUGUAAAUAUACUGUAGUAAAGAAAAAAUAUUUGCACCGAGAAGCAGUGGUCCAGUUGGCAUGAAAAGUGGGGUACAAACUGGAGACCAAUCAGCAAAUGUACUUUCAAGUGGAGUCAGAAAUGCCAGAUUGACAUUGAAUGAAGUCUGGGAGUUGGUAGAGAAUCGCUUUGCCAGUAUCAUUUCUCAAUUAGCAUCUAGCAUUUUUUUUUUGUGAAAUUUCCUUUAAUCUCCCUGUUGAAAGUAGUCUGAUGGUGUUGCGAAUUCUUGGAAAAAAAUUCUAAAGUAGUUUUGGAAACUCUGACAAGAAGUUUAAACCCCUGUAGGGAGAUCAGUUAUGGAAUUUGUUUGUGUUGAAAGGAUGACAGAGACAGUUAGCCAAUUAAAAACACGGAGUGAUUAGGGGGCCAGAAUGAAUGAGGCAUGAUGGGCAAUUUAGCCAGGACAUUGGAGUAUACUCUACUUUUUUUAAAAGAUGCCCAAGGAUCGUUAUAUGGCCGCAGAGAGUCAGGACCUUCUUUUUAUGUCUCACCCAAAGUUACAGGGCUCUAUUUACAGCACAUUGUCCAUUUCACAGCACUGGGGCAUUCGGAUCCACACACAGACCACACAAUCUCACCAACACCUCUUCCAUUUGCCACCCAAGCUUCUUCAUAGAUGGUCUCCCGUCCGUGUACGGGCUGGGACUGAAUAUGCUUAGCUUCAGGUGGACGACCUUUUCUGAAGUGCAGGUUGGAUGCUGUAUGCAUUGCAAAGCACAUUCCAACAGGUGGCUCACUGCAAAUGUUAACACUGAAUCCUUUAAACAGUAGAUGUGCUAGACAUACAGAAGUUGGCCAACUAAAUAUAUAUAUAUAUAUAUAUUAUAAAAUAUGGGUAUAUAGAUAAAUAAAUAGAUGGAUAGAUCUGAAAGGUG